AUGACGAGUAAGAGCUCAACUGGAUCAGACUCGACCAUCGACUCGGAGUCAGAGCCAGUAUCCACAUCAUCGGCUUUGCAAGAGAACCCAUUCAAGACUGCAUUCGCCACACCGCAGUCAAGUGUAGUCAACGUUGUCCUUAGAAGGGCAGCACUGCAAGCGAGAGCAACAAAGUUCGUGGAGUGUGACUGUGUGAAUGGUGGGCUCUGCGUGGGCGCAGGAGGUAGAGCGACAUGCGACUAUGAUGUGGUUCCUCCUCAGGUCCCAGACACAAACAAAUCCAUGAUCAAUGAUCAGCUCAACCUCUACAGGUGUCAAGCCCGGGCGGUCGGCAUCUCCGAAAGCUGGCCUUAG